ACAUAUAACAUACAUAGAUAGAUAUAUCAAUGUGACAACACUUUCACUACUCUUUCCGAUUUGAUUGAUCCUGUUUUCUCCCUUCGGUCUCACCAAUUCCAGGGUUUAUAAUUUCUCGAGCUUCGGAUGCAGUCCAAACACUUUCUUGUUCGGGUUCUUCUUGUUUUUCUUAUGUAAUAUCUAUAUACACAUAUUGUAUUUUCUAUGAUAUUUUUGCUUAGUUUGAGACAAUGAUCACCCAAAUUUUGAUGAAUUUCAUGCUUUUGGGUGAUGUUCAAUGUUUAAUUUUUGUUUUUCUUGAUUCUCUGUUGGUCCAAAAACUGUGAUUCAAUGCUUGAACGUGUUCGAAUGGGCGUUGACUUUCUUUGUUAAUUGGGCCAUUUUAUUUACACGCAAGUUUGAAAUUUUAGGGGCUAGGGUUUCUUUAUAUUUAAUUUUCGUAAUUGGAUCGAUAUGGGAUUAAAAACGAAUAUAAAUCUAGGAUAUGUUACUUUUGAAUCAAUUUUCUUAUCAGGAAUUGGUUUGAUAUAUUAAGCUUCGAUAAUUAUUGUAGUUUAGUCAUAGAUGGAUAUAAAUGGUACAGACAACAAGAGUGAUAAAAAUAAGCUUGUGAGCUGUCUAAAGUCGCAAAAUGUUGUAUUUGAUGGGGAUAGAGAAGGGGAUGAUGAUUCAAAAUCAUUGCUACCUCAUCGGGGAGGUGGGAUUUCGAGAAAGUCAGAGAAACCACGGAGGAAAGUGCAGUGGAAUGAUAAGAAUGGGAAUAAACUGACAGAGGUACUGGAAUUCCAACCAAGUGAUGCGAGUGACUCUGAUGAUGAGGAUUCAGAUUCUUGCAUCUGUACCAUAAUGUAGAUUCCAUUCACACGCCAAUUUAUUAGAAAAUAUCUGCUGAAUCUAUUGAAGUGUUCAUCUCCUCCAAUUCCAAUGUUAAUGAUUCAGCCCAAAAGGUGGCUACAUUUCCAACUUGCUGCAUUAAGGAUGGACCAAAGGUCUCACUAACUGGAACAGUAAUCUCAUGUUGCGGCAUCAAUUAUCAAAGUGGAAGUUAGCACCAUCUCUUUAUGAGAUUAAGUUUGUCUGAUGACCUGAGCGAAAUGGCAUCGAUUGUCAACAAUGGUGUGAAGAAAGAAAACUUUACUUCCAUGGUAUGUAAUAAUAUUCAGUAUAAGCAAUCUUUUUUCAGAUAUAUCGAUAUGUCAUUUGAUAUUUAUUCCACCAUGGCCAUCAUUUAUAUGAAGAGAUAAGUACUUUAUAUUCUGUCA